AUGCCGCGAGAGAUCCGCUCCCUGCGCGAGCUACUCGAGGUGGCCACCUCGUCGCUGCCCCGCGUGGUCGUGGUUGACUUUUAUGCCCAGUGGUGUGGCCCGUGCAAGCUCGUCGCGCCCCACUUUGAGCAGAUGGCGGCGACGUUCUCGGACGUGGCGCUCUUCGUCAAGGUGGAUGUCGACGUUGCGGAGGACGUGCGCGACUUUGCGGGCGUGCGCGCGAUGCCGACGUUCCACGUCUACCGCGGCGCCGAGCGCGUCUUUGAGCUCGUCGGCGCCAACCUCCCCAAGCUCGAGGCCUUCCUGGCGCGCCACCGCAGCAACCGGCCGGCGCAAUCCGCGGCGCCGGCUCUGCCGGCUCUGCCGCCGCCCGCACCUGCGCCGACGGCGCCACCGCCCGCGGCGGCUGGCGCGUCGAGUGCGCCGCCGGGGGCCGGCCUGGUGCCCGUGCGAGUGCUGAUGAAGUUUGACGAUGGCAAGGCCGCCGCCAUCAAGCGAAAGCUGCUCGAGGUGAGCGGCGCGCUGCGGGGGGAGGGCCACGCGGCGGCGCUGCCGGAGCAGAGGGAGCGGGCGCUGGCGCGGCUCUGCGACAGCGUCGCCGCAAACGCGGGCGGCGACUCGGGCGAGGGCGACAACGCGGGCGAGGGCGACACAGGCGGAGUCGAGGACGGCAUCUCGGCCGCAGUGCUGCGGCACGCGGCGUCGCCUUGUUGGGACGCGUGGGCGGACGCGGCGAGCGUUGGCGAGGGGCGGGGCGGGGCGGGGGCGAGCGAGGCGCCUGGGGCGGGAGGCUCGGAGGGCGGCGAGGCAGGCACGCUCGCACGCGCGCACGAGAGCGAGCGGCCCGCCACUCGCCUUGCCCUCGCCACGCUCCUCCUCAACGCGGCGGUGCUCCUCCGCCGUUCCGCCGCGAGCAGCGACACAAAGACGCCCGCGAUCUGCGCGCUGCAGCAGCUGCUCACCGCGCCGGCGCUCGCGACCGCGCCGGCGGUCGCGGCGGCGGCGGCCGAGGAGGCCAGCUGCCGUGCGGCGCUCGCCCUCGGCACUCUGGCUCACGGCGAUGUGGAGACGCAGGCGCUCUGCGCCGGCCUCGACUUGCCCUCUGCGCUAGACGGCGUGGGCGGCGGCGGCGCUAGCGCGCGUCAGCGCGAGUGCGUGGCGAGCGCACGCGCGGCCCUCGUUGGGUGCUGA